AUCGUUAAAUUUUUACUUAUAUUUCAGUACUCCAUCUGUCUCUUUAUUAGAAUCCCUUAUUCCUUUUUUGGCAAAUCAAAAUCAAAGUCCCAUUAUAAGAAACUUUCCUUCUUAAAAAAAAAGUGAUUUUUUUUACAAUUUUAACAUCGUUCUCCUAAUUUAACCCUCAAAUUAUCCUCAAAUUUUCUGAUUUUUUGUGUCAAAUGUUCAUUUAUGACACACUAUUUAUUUUCUCUCUCUUUUUUUUUUCCUCCCACUAGUUAUUUAAUGCAAGUAAUAUACUUUUUACUUGGUUAAGGAAUCUACCAAAAACCUUAAUUUCCAUGAAAAAUAAAAAAGAAACUAUAAUAAAGAGGCGGAGAGAGUAUUGUAUCAAGAUAAAAGUUUGAUUUGUCAACAUGAAUCAAACAAUUACUAGUAAAGAAAUGAUUAAGUUCUGAUCUAGAAAAACAAAGUUAAGACUUAAGAAACUCAUGGGCUUAUGGCUUUAGUAGAGAAGACAAUCACCUCUAAAACCCUUCAAAAUGAGAAAACCCCUUGUUCUUCUCACACCACUUUCAACCUUCUUAAGAGCUUCCACCUUCAUCAAUGGCGUUCCCCACCAUUAUUUUCUCUCUCCUCCAACCUCAAACUCCCAACCCCAGCUCCAAAUCCCUCGACCAAACCCUGAACUCAAUUGGGUAUUCUUCACUACUUCUUCACUCCCACCUCCUGAAUGGAUCGAACCCUUCACUGACAUCUCCGACGUCGUUUUACAACCCCACCAAAAUCUCCAACCCUCCAUUUGGGUUUCUCGAAUCCUUGAACUCCUCGAUGGUUCACCAUUAAUGGAGUCUAAUUUGAGUAAUUAUUGUAAUAAGUUUUUGAUUAGAUUAACGCCUAAUUUUGUUGCUUUUGUGUUGGGUUCAACUCAGGUGAAAACGAACCCAGAUACUGCUUUUCGCUUCUUUUGUUGGGCUGGUAAGCAAAAGAAUUAUAAUCAUAAGCUUGAAUGUUAUGUUACUAUGAUUGAUGUUUUGGGUGUUUCAAAUGAUGUUGAUAGGAUUAAGAUUGUGUUUGGUAGGUUUAAGAGGUUGGAUUUUGUUAUGAAUGUGAAUUGUUUUAAUUCUUUGAUUAAGAGUUUUGGGAAUUUGGGAAUGGUUGAGGAAUUGUUGUGGGUUUGGCGUCGAAUGAAGGAUAAUGGGAUUGAACCUAGCUUGUAUACUUAUAAUUUCCUUAUGAAUGGCCUUGUGAAUUCUAUGUUUAUCGAGUCAGCCGAGCAGGUUUUUGAGGUGAUGCAAAAUGGGAAAACUCGGCCUGAUAUUGUUACUUAUAAUACUUUGAUUAAAGGGUAUAGUAAGGCUGGGAAGACCGGGAAGGCGAUGGGGAUGUUGAAAGAGAUGGAGGUUGGAAAUGUAGAGCCUGAUAAGAUUACUUACAUGACUUUGAUACAGCUUUGUUAUGGAGAGAGUGAUUUUGAUGCUUGUUUGUCUCUUUACCAUGAGAUGGUGGAGAAGAGAUUGGAAAUCCCACCUCAUGCUUAUAGUUUGGUGAUUUGUGGGCUUUGUAAGGGUGGGAAGUAUGCCGAAGGAAAUGUGGUUUUUGGGGACAUGGUUCAGAGGGGAUGUAAGGCUAACGUUGCAAUAUAUACUGCGUUAAUUGAUUCGUAUGUCAAGGGUGGAAAUGUGGAGGAUGCUAUAAGUUUUUUGGAGAAAAUGAAGAACGAGGGUCUUUCUCCUGAUGAAGUUACUUAUGGCGCCAUUAUCAAUGGGUUGUGCAGGAAUGGUAGACUGGAAGAGGCCAUGGAAUACUUCAGGGUAUGCACAGAUGAUGGGGUUGGUGUAAAUGCUACCAUAUAUUGCUCUCUUAUUGAUGGACUAGGCAAGGGAGGGAAAAUUAAGGAAGCGGAAAGGCUAUUUGAAGAGAUGGCUGUGAAGGGUUGCACUCGUGAUUCUUAUUGCUAUAAUGCAAUGAUCGAUGCUCUUGCAAAAUGUGGCAAAAUUGAUGAAGCUUUGACACUCUUUGAUCAGAUGGAUGAUGAGGGUUGUGACCAGACAGUUUAUACAUACACCAUACUCAUAGAUGGAUUGUUUAAAAAACACAAGAAUGAAGAAGCGUUGAAGUUGUGGAAUACGAUGAUUGAUAAGGGAGUUGCACCUACUGCAGCUUCUUUCAGAGUUCUUGCAAUCGGACUUUGUCUUUCUGGUAAGGUUACCAGGGCUUGCAGAAUUUUGGAUGACCUAGCACCUAUGGGUGUCAUACCUGAAAAUGCCUGUGAAGAUAUGAUUAACGCACUGUGUAAAGCAGGGCGCAUUGAGCAGGCUUGUAAAUUGGCUGAUGGGAUUGUUGAUAGGGGCCGAGAGAUACCUGGGAGAGUUCGUACUAUAUUGAUCAAUUCCCUGAGAAAAGCAGGAAAUGCAGAUUUGGCAAUGAAAUUGUUGCAUAGUAAAAUUGGUAUUGGCUAUGAUAGAAAGGGAAGCAUUAAAAGACGAGUAAAGUUCAGAACUCUCCUUGACAUUUAGAUCUCAGAGGUGAUUGUUC